CCCGAAUAUAUGAAACACAUAUGGUCUCACAACAAACAAAAGGCUCUCAAACAAAACACCCCUUUUGCUUCUUCCUGUGAUUCACCAAAACACUCUCCACAAAAAAAAAACAGAACUUCUUCCUUUUUGUUCUUACAGAAUCUCUCAGAUAUGUCUCUUCCUGAAACCCAAGAUACCCUCUUAGAUGCCUGGAACUUCCAAGGCCAACCCGCCGUCCGAUCCAAGACCGGCGGUGUGUACGUUUAUCGUGUUUUCUUUCUCAAACGUGAAUUUUCAUGUAUUGAGGCCGUGGAGAGGCUAACGACGUUAGGUAUCGGCGUUAACUUGGUGACGUAUUUGACGGGGACUAUGCACUUGGGAAAUGCAACGUCGGCUAACACCGUUACCAACUUCCUUGGAACAUCGUUCAUGCUCUGUCUCCUCGGUGGCUUUAUCGCUGACACGUUUCUCGGCAGGUAUCUUACCAUUGCUGUCUUCGCCGCAGUUCAAGCCACGGGUGUAACCAUCUUAACGCUCUCAACGAUCAUCCCUGGCCUCCGACCACCAAAAUGCGACCCAACUUCGUCAAAUUCUUGCGAACAAGCAAGUGGAGUGCAACUUCUGGUCCUAUACUUAGCCUUAUAUCUCACCGCUCUCGGGACCGGAGGCGUUAAAGCGAGCGUUUCGGGUUUCGGGUCGGACCAGUUCGACGAGACCGACCCUAAAGAACGUUCCCAAAUGACGUAUUUCUUCAACCGUUUCUUCUUCUGCAUCAACGUCGGCUCACUUGGUGCGGUCACGGUCCUAGUUUACAUACAAGACGACGUUGGACGCAAAUGGGGUUACGGCGUUUGCGCGUUUGCAAUCGUGAUCGCGCUUUUGGUGUUUUUGUCGGGAACGAAACGCUACCGGUUCAAGAAAUUGAGCGGUAGCCCGCUAACGCAGAUCGCUGCGGUUCUCGUCGCUGCUUGGCGGAAACGCCGGCUCGAUCUCCCGGCGGAUCCGUCGAUGUUGUUCGAUUUGGACGAUAUUGUUAUGGCUGAGGGUUCGAAGAAGAUGAAGCAGAGAUUGCCCCACUCCGAGCAAUUCCGGUCCUUGGACAAAGCAGCCAUCAAGGAACAACAAGACACAAUUGGUCCGAACCUAUACAACAAAUGGACACUCUCAACCCUAACCGACGUCGAGGAGGUGAAACAAAUCGUAAGAAUGUUACCAAUUUGGUCAACUUGCAUUCUAUUUUGGACCGUACAUGCCCAGUUGACGACAUUAUCCGUGGCACAAUCCGAAACCAUGGACCGACGAAUCGGAAGCUUCCAAAUCCCGCCGGCUUCCAUGGCCGUCUUCUACGUCGGAGGCCUCCUCUUCACAACUGCCGUCUACGACCGUUUUGUUAUCCCAUUCACCAAAAACUUCCUCAAGAAACCUAAUGGCCUAACCCCGUUACAACGCAUUGGUUUAGGGUUAUUCCUCGCAUUCAUGGCCAUGGUUGUUGCGGCUCUAGUCGAGAUCAAACGUCUGAGAACAGCUCAUGCCCAUGAUCAAACGGUCAAAACCCUUCCUCUAGGGUUUUACUUGCUUAUCCCUCAGUAUCUAAUCGUCGGUAUAGGUGAAGCAUUGCUGUACACAGGACAGUUAGAUUUCUUCUUGAGAGAAUGUCCGAAGGGUAUGAAGACGAUGAGUGCGGGGCUUCUGUUGAGUACAUUGGCAUUAGGGUUUUUCUUCAGCUCGGUUCUUGUGACGAUUGUUCACAAAGUGACUGGAACCACACAUGCGUGGAUCGCCGAUAAUCUCAACAAAGGUCGGCUUUACAACUUCUAUUGGCUCGUCUCCGUGCUUUGCGCCUUGAACUUCAUCGUGUUUUUGGUGUUCUCGAAGUGGUAUGUCUACAAGGACAAGAGACUUGCUGAGGUCGGGAUUGAGCUUGACGAUGAGCCCGAUAUCCCCACAUGCCAUGCAUAAUGAUGAUGAUCGUGAUCAUGAUCAUGAUCAUGUCAAUAUGUGCGUGUGUGCGUGCAUGUGUGCAUGAAAUUUCAGUUGUUGUAAUGAUUUUGAUUUUGUGGUAUACUAUGUAACUUUAAUUUUAUUACUUGUGACAAAAGUAUGUUUCUUGGUUUUGUUUCGAAGCUCUUA